AUGGCUGCCACUAUUCCCUCUCUGGCUAUUCCAGGCCAGCGCCUGGGUUCCGCAUCUGCCUACAGUGCAGGACCGGGAACGCACAUCCAGCAAUCUAUGAUCUACGCCUCAAUCGCCGGUCCCGUCGUCGUCGAUCCCGCACAACCCAAGACCCAGCUCAAAUCCACGAUUCGAGUGUCGCGAGUUUCAACGAGCAAGUCUCAAACGAAACCUGAUCAUCCCACAGGAGCGGCAGCCACACUCCCAAAAUCAAAACCCAGAUACAACACGCUCCCCGCCGUGGACUCCAUCGUCCUCGCCCGCGUAACAAGAGUACAAAAGCGCCAAGUCGCCGUGUCUAUCUUAGUCGUCCUCGACGAAUCCACCGCUGCCCCAAACACCACCUCCACUUCUUCCUUAUCAGACAACGACAACAUCGCCUCAAUCCUCACAACGGCCGCCAACCCAGAGAACCACAGCAACACAGACGAACUGCGCUUCCAAGCGCUCAUCCGGAAGGAAGACGUGCGCGCCGUGGAGAAAGACCGCGUUGUGCUGGAUGAAAUGUUCCGCGUUGGCGACAUCGUGCGCGGGUCAGUGAUUUCGCUGGGCGAUCAGAGCUUUUAUUAUCUCACCACCGCGCGCAAUGACCUCGGCGUUGUUAUGGCUAGGAGCGAGAGCGGGAAUAUGAUGUACCCCGUUAGUUGGAAGGAGAUGCGGGAUCCUGUUACUGGAGUUGGGGAGCAAAGGAAGGUUGCGAGGCCUUUUUGA